AGCAGUUAAAAGGAGGCUCCGCCAGGGCCACUUAGCUGUCCUGGUCCGAAGUUCUUCCUUUGCUUCUCGGACACCCACACCAUGUGUGCUGCUCGGCUAGCGGCGGGGACCCAGUCCGUGUACGCCUUCUCGGCGCGCCCACUGGCUGGCGGGGAGCCUGUGAGCCUGAGCUCCCUGCGGGGCAAGGUGCUGCUCAUCGAGAAUGUGGCGUCGCUCUGAGGCACCACGGUCCGGGACUACACCCAGAUGAACGAGCUGCAGCGGCGCCUCGGGCCCCGGGGCCUGGUCGUGCUGGGCUUCCCGUGCAACCAGUUUGGGCAUCAGGAGAACGCCAAGAACGAAGAGAUCCUGAAUUCCCUCAAGUACGUCCGUCCUGGCGGCGGGUUCGAGCCCAAUUUCAUUCUCUUCGAGAAGUGCGAGGUGAAUGGUGCGAAGGCGCACCCGCUCUUUGCCUUCCUUCGGGAAGCCCUGCCAGCGCCCAGCGACGACGCCACUGCGCUCAUGACUGACCCCAAGUUCAUCAUCUGGUCUCCGGUGUGCCGCAACGACAUUGCGUGGAAUUUUGAGAAGUUCCUGGUGGGUCCUGACGGUGUGCCUGUGCGCAGGUACAGCCGUUGCUUUCCGACCAUCGACAUCGAGCCAGACAUUGAAGCCCUGCUGUCCUAGGGUGCCUUUCCUACCCCCGCUGCCUGGCAGUAGCAGUGCUGCUCUCUGGGGGGUUUCAUUCGUGAUGGUGUUCCUUCUAAACCUGCAUGAAGGAACACCUGAUGUCCGGGAAAAUCCCCAGAGAUGGGCGCUGGCCCUGUCCCUCCCAGCCUCCCCUCUGCCAAAGCAAGGUGAGCUUCCUCAUUAAUAAAGUGCUGAGUGUCAACAGAA